AUGCAUCAGAGAAAAUAUGCUCCAGUGUUGAUUUCUGAAGCUGGUUUAGCAGUUACCAGACCCGACAUCUCAUUUGAAGUACGAACUCUUAGUCAAUUUCUUCAAAAUCGAAAGAGAUCACAUAUGGAUGCUGCUUUGAGAAUUGUAAAGUAUAUCAAACAUCAUCCUGGACAAAGAUUGCUACUGUCUAGCUACUCUAGCACUGUCAUCACCAGUUAUUGUGAUGCAAACUGGGCUGCUUGUCUAAUAACUAGAAAAUCUGUGUCUGGAUUUCUGAUAAAACUGGGAAGAUUUCUUAUUUCAUGGAAGUCUAAGAAGCAGACAAUGGUGUCAAGAAGUUCUGCAGAAGCAGAAUAUAGAAGUAUGGCUACUAUAGUUUCAGAACUCACUUGGAUUCUUAGCUUAUUGAAGGAAAUAGGAAUUGAGAUUUCUCAACCAGUUACCAUUUAUAGUGAUAGUAAAUCAGCAAUGCAGAUUGAGUAA